AUGGCUGAGCGGGUCCUUCCAGAGGAGUACCAAAGUCCCAUGAAGCGCUCCAUCCAGCGGAUCGAGGACGAAUUCUGGGACCUCCGGGCCAAAAUCGCCGUGGUGUCGGCACCAGCCCCUGGAUACCGAACUGCCGCACGGCUCCUGGGCAUCAGUGAGGACUAUAACAACCUUGGACCGGGCAUCUACGUCCACCCACAACACAAAGAUGAUCCGGCCAAGUUCGUUCCGAAACACCACCAGGUCAUUGGGACGGCCUGGCAGAUGCAGAUGGAGGACUCACCUCUGGGAGGUGGGAUUCUGGCGGCGGACUGUGGCCUUGGUAAAACGUCCCAGUGCUACUGUCUUAUCUACCAUGCGGCCAUGAUGAAGCUCCGCAUCUGGCAACAGCACCUGAAUCACUGUGAGGAGGCCAAGACAGCAGGUCAACCCGAGCCACCCGCCCCCAAAUUGGACUUUCGUCCCACAUUUGUUGUCGCCCCGCCCACCGCACUGGACAGUUGGUACAUUGAAUGGCUGAAGCACUGGUGCAGUGCGAAAGAAGGGAAGGGCCUUUUGAACUUGCGCAUCUUCUAUGGCACCGACCGUACAUUGAGCACGAAUGUGGAUGAGACUCUACGACAGAUCAUGCUUCCGUCCGAUGGUAAGCUCGCCCGACGAGAAAUCGAGAGAGCUUUCCCGCCUAAUGACCCAAUGUCCGCGUUUGGCGUUGUCUGGUGUGCAUACGAAACCUAUGCACAGCGCACCUUGACCAGCUGUAAGAAGUCGAUGGAGGACAAGUUUCGUGCCGCCGCCGGUCAACCUGAGAAAGAUGAAGACUCUAUCGCCACCAUGCCCGGCGAUGUUAACGAUGUCACUGAUGCGCAGCGCCUAGCCUUUCUCCCGACCCUCAAGGAAGUCGAGCUCAAAGAACAGGAUCUUCGCAAGAUUCGCAAACUCACCUAA